GCGGAACUGUCUAUUGCCUUCUACAAUGAAUCACGGACUUAUAUUAGCGACGGACCGGAAGCAGCGUGCACUUAAGGAUUUCGGUUACUGCAUCAUUCUGUCUACUUUACUAUCAUACAGUCCGUCCAACAAACAAAGAGGAUGUUGAGAAACGGAGCAGCACAGGUUUUCAGACAGCUGGUCAGACACCAGUCUACAGACACCAGCCUGAUCCUGGAGAGAUCGAUUAACCGUGUUCAGCUGCUGGGCCGCGUGGGGCAGGACCCUGUCAUGAGACAGGUGGAGGGACGGAACCCCGUUACCAUCUUCUCCAUGGCAACCAACGAGAUGUGGCGCUCCGGGGACGUGGAGACGUCUCCCGCAGGAGAUGUCAGCCAGAAGACGACGUGGCAUCGUGUGUCAAUCUUCAAGCCUGGUCUUAGGGAUGUGGCCUACCAGUAUGUCAAGAAAGGGUCGAGGGUUUUGGUGGAGGGGAAGUUGGACUACGGGGAGUACGUAGACAAGAACAACGUCAGACGCCAGGCUACCACCAUCAUCGCAGACAACAUUGUAUUUUUAAGCGACAACAUUCGAGGGAAGGAUCAAUGAGGGAUGUGGCAUUCUUCAUCUAGGAGGAAGACUGAAGCUCUUUCUGUGUAGCUACUCUAUUGUCUAUAUAUUAACUGACUGUGGAAGAAGCUGUGUGCCUGCUAACUAAAUGGGACAGAACACAGUGUAACACCUCUCUGUUGAUUGUAGUGAAUGGUAGUGAAUGAUAGAGGACUAUCUGUCCCAUUAUGACGACGGUGAGCGCACGGGCAGCGCCAUUGAGGCCAUCUCCAUUUUGAAGUAGUCAAUUUUCUAAUACUACUUCUAUGAGUUGGUAAACAAACUGUAAUGGUUCACACUGCCAACUGGAAUGCGUUGUUUGAACAGGUGUAAAGCCAAGUGGAGAUUUACUGCCACCUGCAGUUAUGGAAUGUUCGCUCUUGAGUAUAAUUCAUUGGCUGAUGCCCUGGAUGGAAUUAUGUGAUCCUUCCUUAACCCAUAGGAGGUACCACCCAGUUGACUACUUCAAAAUGGUGAAAGUCCUCAAUGUCACUGCCCAUGCUAAAACAUGCUUAUGGUUAGUAAAGUCCUCUCAUUCUCUGAGCGCGCCAGAGUAUACCUAGACAUGGAGUCACAUGUAUGUAUUCUAUCCCCCAAAAUGUUUGUUACUACUGUAUAAUCUUAGUUUACGUCCAUUUGCGCUACUCUUGUUGCAGUACUACUAAUGGAACAAAGCAGAGCGAAGGAUCAGGCCUUAAAGUUGAGCAGUUAGUUGUUUUCCCAGAGAAGCCAGAUAACAGAUGAGAGAAAUAAAUGGGUAAUGUGUGACUGACUCUCAUCCACAUAAUGCUGUACCCAAAACUAGGAUUGGGUGCCAGUUUCAAAAAUAAUGUUAUACCACCUGUUUUCAUCUCAGCAUGUCUUUCUGUUCUAUUUUAAAGAUAGAAUGAAACUUGUAACUAUUUGUUUAGUUUUGGUUUCAUUCCACCUUCGUUUUUUUUUUCUCCCCUUCCUGAAAUCACCAGAUUCUCACCUCAAUUCUGUCUGGGCAAAGUUUGUACUCAUGUUGUUUAAUGUACUUGUAUGUAUCAUGUAGGUUGAAUAUAUAUUUUUUUCUCCAGUA